AUGGGCAUGGGUUCAACUAAGAAACUUUUACAUGCUGUGUCAGAUUUGAAAGGCUUAGUCAAUGAUGAUAUGAGCAUUCAAACAGAAAGGGAUGCUAGAAAAGCAACCAAUGAAAUUCUAAUGAAAAUUCAUGAGAAAUUAAAGAAAACUGAAGAUUAUAACAAUAUUGAUACAAGAAAUCUCGUGGAGAAAAAGUUAAGACGAGUUUUCGCACGAAGCGGUGAUCGUGACUUAGAUUUUGAUAUUUUUGGCAAUAUGGACUUUCCUGAAAAGAGUGAAUUUCCUGUGGAAGUUUCUUUAAAUACUUUACCUACAACACCUGCAGUUCUAAAACCUGACUUUGUGCAUGGUGUCGAAGGCGGGCCCCCAGUAGAAAUCCUAAACACGCCUACACCAACGACAGAUCUUGACCAAAUACUGCUGGAUCCAAAAGACUUUGGAUAUACAACGACGCAUAAACCAAUUGCUGUUUUUGGAGACGUCGAAGAAUUUCCGAGCAUACCGCCCAUUUACUUAACAACUACAAAAGCACCUAUGGGUUUUGAGGCGUCAUUCAAAAACGAGAUGAAGCAAUACGGCAUGGGUGCAUUUUCGAUCGCCAUGUUGAAAAUAUUUGACAUGGGAAGGUCCAAAGAAAAGGGGGAAGUUAUCAAACUGGGUUUCGCUCUGGCGAGACAAGUGGAUGCCGCUGAAAACAUAGGGGAUCUCGAUGAAUUCGGCGAACCCACAAAACAUGCCAUCAUGAAAUCCACGGCGUUUAUGGCAAAUGCGCCAUACGAUCACCUCAAAGCCCAGGCGAUACUGCUUCACAACGCGCUGAUCCACCGGAGGGAGCUGUUCUCUCUAGACCUCAAUUCUAUAAUGGAUUACAUGGACUCUCUAUACACUCAUGAUGAGACAGAGGAGUUGAUUCAAAGCAUGGUGCCUUUGCAUACUUAUAACAAUGUUACUAGAAUCCCUUAUACGCGUGUAAAGGUCUUCAUGGACAAGCUUCUGGCGCCGUGGAAACGUCUGAGAGAUUCGCCCAAACGCGAAAUUUUAAAGGAAGCAUUGAUUAGGGGGCUGAGAAAUCAUUUGUUCCCUGAUGAGUAUUCACUACAUUCGAGAAGAAAUAAACCUACAGCAGCAAAGGACACAAAUGAGGGCAAACCUGUUAAAGUUUACAUAAAUUCCAAGCGUAAAGAACAAUUUAAAGAUAAUGUAACUUCAAAAGAAAAAGCUUUGCGAAGGAACAUUGCGAAGUUACAAAUAAACCCGUCUAAUUUAAUGGUAGAACCACUUAACCUAGACAUUAAAUUAGAAGAGAAAGCUAAUAAUUCGAUAAAUUUAGAUGAAAAGAAGAUAAUGACGAACGUUAAGUCUGAUGAUGUCAAAAGACUUUUGCUUAUCAACAAGAAAGGAGGAUCUACAAGAAAUUUGGAUAAAGAUCAAGGUCUUGUAAUGUCGUCAGCCAAACGUCAUCACGCACACCAGAAACACUCACACAAACACAGGCACAAACGCAUAAAGCACAGGCUUAAAAAAAUUUUAAAUGUCAUAAAGCGGCAUAAAGGACACAAAAGAAGAAAGAGCAAGAAACGUCAUCACAGGCAUAAUAGACACAUAAAUAAUCUUAGAGCUUCUAUUUAUACUGAAACUAAUCAUACUGAAAACAAAAUCAGUAAACCUAUUGACAUGAUCGUCAAUAAAACUACUGUCAGACAUUAUUAUCAACACACGACACAAGUAUAUGAAAUAAGAGAUAAAGUUAAUCCAAAAAGGAGGAGUCAUCAAGAUGUAAUAAGACAAGCUUCUCCGGAAUCUGACGAUGAAGUUGUUUUGAAAGUUAAUUUGUAUAAAGCAAUGGCUGUCAAUGAUGAUAGUGAAGAAUUAUCGAAUUUUGAAACUUGACGAGGGUUCUUUGUUUGUCAA